GACACAGCAUAUUAUGUGAAAGUAAAGCAGAGCAGCCCACAGGGGUGAGAUCUUUAAAGGGGGGAGUUGCCUUUUUAUAGACAAGAUCAGAAUCUCUCCAGACUAUCCUAACCUUAAAGGAGACAGGAGCUCAUAACCACCCUGCUGUGGUUCAUUUCAAAACCACUGGACUGCAGUUGAGCUGGAUUCGUUGUUUUUAAUGCUUCUCUCUUUAUUCUAUGGUUUUGUAUGCCACAGAUGGACUAACAGCUGAUGCAGAGGGCAGUUCCUUUCACAACACACUUGCAACGCGAGGACCCGAAGGCAUCUUGAAAUAGAAAUUCUAAAGAGGAGGAGAAGGAGGAGGAGAGAAAGGUGGGGGUUUUGAGCGAGAGCACUGGUAUGCCAGGCUCAAUCCCCAGCAUGGCUGUGCAGAAGAAGAGUGUCAUCCCUCCAUCGCAGGGACCACUUUCUACACGUACAAUAGAGAGUCAGAAUAAGAAGAAGAGUGGAUCUCAAAGAACAGGAGGUAAGACGCUCUCAUUCAUAUCUUUGCAUUGUUUUGGUUCAGAAGGAGCCUUUUACUAGAAUGACUCUAGAUCACAAGCACAGCAUCAUCUGAUCUUAUUGAUGACGCAUUAACAGACAUAUACAGUAGAGAGAUCAUUUAUUAUUUUACGAUAAAGCAUGAGUGUAACAAACAUUACAUAAUUUAAACACAGAUUACAUAAUACACAGAAUAAGAAGCAUACUGUCACUAUUUAACCCUUAAGGAAUACAUCCUUGUGAUGUCUUGCCACCUCGUGUGCUCUUCUGCUAAUUACUCAUAGUCUUGUGUAAAGCUUUAUGUAUUAAUCCUUUCAAGGCUUGUCUCGGUUGUUUUCAUGAGCACUGAUCAGGUGCUGGUAUGUUUGCUACGCCUUUUGAUACACAGGCAGCUAAUAAUGGCUCUUUCAUUUGGAGAUGCCCCUGAGGCCAUCCCUUCAAAAAAAACGGCCACUUUUUCGGACAGAUUGGUCAGGCUGAUGUUUUUGACAUUUGGAUGCAUUUAUGGGUAGAAUCAAGUGAUUGUGCACAGAUUGCAUAUAUGGAAUAUAGAGGCAGAGUUUAAUAUAUUGAUUUGAAAAUAAACUGUUAAGUGAGUGAAAGGUUUUAUGCACGCUUUCCCUAGAUUUUUCUCAGGGGGGAUAGGUAUUUCCAAAAACAUCCCAGCACAUUUUCAAAUCACUCCUCUUGUGAUCAUCAAUCAAAUAAUUGUUUUAUUUUCCAAAUUUCUUUUAUCAAUCUGGUUCAUUUAAUCCUAAUUUCACACAAAUUAUUCAUCAAUUAAAUGCAUUAUCAGUGUCUUGAUUAUUGCCAGCCAAAUGAUGCACUUCAGCUGUAGUCCAGCCAUUCACCAUUAGCAGGGGGCUGUAACUCCUGUUACACUGAAAUGCUCUACUACCCGUAUGUAAACAAGCACAGAUGGCUUCUUGCAGAGCAGCUUGGUUUGGCAGUAUUUUGAUUCAGAAAAUGAAGAUGAAGUUGUGAGCAGGAUGUCUGAUUAACUAGAGCUCUGCAACAGCUGCAAGCUCAGCCACAUACUUCAAAUUUAUUUGAUAUUGUUUACAAGCAGAAUCUCUGAUCCAGUGCUUCACCUUAUUAAAGUUCAGUUUUGACUGUUUUCUGAGUGUCUUUUUACAUGCAGACUAGUUGGGAAUUAAGUUUCGGGGAAUCCUUUGCUUUUUUUAUGGUCAAAACAGGCAGCAGCACAAUUUAUAGUGAAUGACUAAGAAAGAGCAACCCUGCAAUGCAAAUAUUACACUAAAAACACAGGAUCACAAGUAAAAGAAGUCAAGCACAAUCAUAGAUCAAUAAGGCAGAACAUCUACAGUCAGAUUUCUCUCCCUACAAGUCAUUCAAAAGCAUUUUAAAGGCAUCCAAUGAGUCCAGAUCCUUUGUAGUUUUAGGCAAAGCUAACCUAAAGACCAUGUAACCCAGAGGUUUGUCUUUUAGACAAUAGUUCUUUGGACUGAAAAUUUUGAGUUCCUGCGCUCUCUUGUGUGAUGCAAGUUAGAAGAUCUAAAAGAGUUCAAGCUUUAAAAAUGAGGGAUGAACCUGCUGUUUUGUGCUUCCCUUCCAGACAAUGGCUCCUGGAUCAAACCAAACUCACAGGCAAAGAAGACUGUCUACUCUUUCAACAAGUUUCCUCAAAUAUGCAACACGGCCUCUCCACGGGCAGCUGCAGGUUUGCUACAUCCUUUUCAGUCUGUAAUAAAAUAGAAAUAUUGCUCAAAGUCUCGGGGGUUUUCCCUCUUUUGAAGAUUGUCAUGAGUUUUUUGUGUAUCUUUUGUGUAUUUAUGGCAUUGAAAUAAAAGGUAUUUUGCCCUCUUUAGUGUCAAAUGGACAAAAUAUUGACGAGAGGCUGAAAGCAGCUCGAGAAAGAAGAGAGGCGUACCAGAAACAGCUCGGUAUGAGAGCUUCUUACUUUGAAUGCAUUGUCCUCAAUUUAAAAAACAAUUAACAUACAUGACUGACUAAUCUAUUUAUACAUCUUCAUUUUUUUCCCCGCAGCCUCUCGGGAGCUGAGCAGGUUGGAGCGGGAGCAGCGAGCCCGUCAGUACUAUGAACAACAGCUGCAGCAGCGCCAGAAGAAAGUCCUGGAGCAGAGGCUCAAAGAGGAGAGGAGGCGUGCUGCCGUGGAAGAGAAGCGCAAACAGCGACUGAGGGAGGAGAAGGUGAGUUUGGAUGGUUGGAGAUGAGAAAUUAUUUUUAGAGAUGCUUUUGCUGCGCUGGAUCGGACUCUGAGGUUUGUUUUCCUGAAUGAAGGAACGGCAUGAAUCCACAGUGCGUAGGACGCAGGAGAAGAGCCAAAAAGCCCAGCUGAACCACACUCAGAACUCCAGAGGAAGGAAGCCCACAAAGACCGGUGAGUAUACACGAACGUGCUUCUUUCCCUCUUUAUUUUAUUGACUUGAUCUUCCUUAUCUUUUUUUCUUUGUGUAACAUUCUUAACACUGAGAUUCUUGCUUUAUCUUCUGACUCUGCUGUGCUUAAACCUUUACACUGAUCAAUGCACUAGUUCCACGUCGCUUACCGCUGACACCAUGGGAGAAGAACCUGGUCAGUCGGCUCCUUACCCCCACAUGCUCUUAUAUGGCCAGGAGCAAGAGUGCUGCUUGUCAGUCAGGAGAAGAAGGUACUCUGCCGCCAUCUUUGCUUGAAUGUAGCAGCAGUGCAGUGAUGAUAUAGGCCAAUUAUAACUAACCUCUGCUGCCUCUUUUGUUACACUCAUGCCGCUCAUUUCCCUUUCUGUUCACGCUCUAUUCCUUCAUUUUUCCAUCAUUCCAACAUAAAUCACUAUCUCAGUUGUCCAUAUUUGUCGCCGUGCAGUUUCAUACUACUCCAUGAACACCACUCCCAUCACCCCCAUCACCUCCACCCCUAAAAAACCUCUGCACCACUCUGGACCGGUUCAGCACAGGCCAGCUGCCUCUCCAAGCCCGAGCAGCAGGAGCAUCAAUCUAAAACAGGUAUUCCCAGCUGUUCCUGUUGAAUUUUGACACAAUCCCUAUUUUAAAAACAUAGAUUUUGAUGGUUUGAUAUCUUUUUCCUUUUUUCAUUCAGGUCAAAGCAGCAAGACAGCCAGAGGCUAAGAAGAAGAACACGAACAGUCCCUCUAAACCUAAAUCACCUGCUGUAAAAACCAGCGUGAAACCAGCCAAAGUAAAUCAAAGCAGAACAGCUUCCCCUUCACCUGAACGGUAGGUGAGAUGUUACUGACAAAGCACUCCUGACACAGUGAGAGUAAUCUGAAAAAAGUGGGUCAUCUCCUCUCCUCUGCUGCUCUUCUGUUAAAGGAGCCCCCGACGAUCAAUCAGCCGACAUUCAACCUCGCUGCAGCUCGAGCUCCCGUCGGUCCCGGAGGAGGACUUCGCUGUUUGUAGUCCUGCUGCCCUCGCUCCUGGUAACUGCAGGCCUGCCAGGACACCAGAAGAAGGUCAGAGGGAGAUGAAGGAUGGAAAUCCAUAUUCGAACCUGCCUGAUGAAGAGGCGGAAGCAAUAAGCAGGACAGCUGAGGAUGAAAGUAAGAUAGAGAGAUGCUCGAAAAGAAAGCAAAAUCUCAUCAAGUGUUAAGUUUGAUACAGGGUUAUUCUUCAUGCAGCUUAUCAGCCUCCUGAGGUUACAUCCAAGCCUUCUGCUGGGACUACAGACCCAGAAGCGGCUGCCCGGCUCCUGGCUGAGAAGAGAAGAGAGGCCCGACUGCAACGGGACAGAGAGGAGCAGGAGCGCCUGCAAAGAGAGGAAGCCGAGAGGUGAAAAGCACAUCCACCUGUGAGAGAGAAACACUCUUUAAUGUUCGGAGUGUUUCAUAAAUGUGUCUGUACAGGCGGAGUCGGGAGGAGCUGGAGCGCAGGAGGGCAGAGGAGCGGGCAAGGCAGCAGGCUGAAGCUCAACGUCUCAUAGAGGAGAAGAAGAGAAGGGAGGAAGAGGAGCAGAGACGAGCUGAGGAGGAGAGAGCUCAGGCCAUGAGGGAAGCCGCCCUUCUGCAGAAACAGGUGGGACAUACAGACACAGACGGAGACGAAGCUGCACCUACUGGCGUCCUUUGUGAUGCCUUUUUGUCUCAUCUUCAAUAGUGAGUUCUCUGAUUUUGUGUUUGUUUGUUGUUUGAUACAGAGAGAGGAGGAACUCGCCAAGGAAAAGGCAAAAGCAGAGCAGCUGAAACAAGAGAGGGAACUCCUCGCACAGAAGGAAGAGGCAGCUCGGCAAGCCAGAAAAAAGGUGAUAAAUCAAAUCCAAAUCUGUCUCACGUUGGAGACUCAAUUUUUCCACCACGUCAACCGUAUCAAACUUUGACUAAAAGCUGUUUUUCUUCUCCAGAGACUUGAGGAGAUCAUGCGGAGAACCAGGAGGACAGAUUCUCCAGAUACAGUGAGUGUUAAGUGUUUGGUUCUUUAAAAGUACAUCACCUCUGGGCUCUUAUGACGCAGAUACAGUGAUCACUGUUAAAUCACCAGAUCCAGUUCUGAGAGCUGAGCUACUUGUCCUUAACUAAGGUUUUUUUUUUUUCUUAACCUUUAAAUACAGAAAUCAGCACCAGGGAAGAUCCAGCCAAAUGAAGCUGAACCAAAGGAGAACACCCAGCCGGUGCGUAAUGGCACAAUAGAGGACGCUGUAAAGCUGCCGGUGGGGACGAAGACCUCACAGCUGGGGCUGACCAACGAGGAGGACAUGGUUCCUGUCGUGGCCUUCAAAGAGCGGAGGUCUCUCAGGACCCUGACAGGCUUGGAGGAAAUCCAGACUCACCAACGAGCAGGUGAGGCGCAGAUGGCGAAUCAGCUGUGAUGACUUAUGAAACUGACCAAACGCUGACUUAGUGUGAAGCCCUUAUAGGCGCCUGCACAGAAUUACCGUAAAAUUUGGUGUAUACGCCACUUUUUAAAAAAUUUGAAUUACUUUUUGGACUUUUUGCCUUUAUUGAUGGAACAGCUUUGAGAGAGACGGAAAUGCUGAUGAGAGGGAGAAAGGAUGGCAUAAUCCAAUACAUGCCGGGGUCAGGAAUGAGGACUCCUGAAUCCGUACAUGGGGCGCACACUUAAACCACGAGGCUAACCACACCCAAUAAGACACACUUUUAAUUAGAAAGUAUAAAGUAUUACAAAAUGAGCAGUUUCCUAUGCACCAGUAUUACCAGUAUUAAAUACAAAGAGGUAUUUUAUUGUCUUUUGGUGUUUCCCAUGAAGAUUACAGAGAGAAAGAGACCAUGUAGUCUUUCUCUUUAAAGCAGAAUUCUCAAAUUAAAACCUUUGAUUGUAGAUAAAGAUGGCUGACGCGACUACAACUCCUCCUACUGUACAAAAGUGAAGCCAAAAUAACCCCUAAUACAGGGGUGCAUAUUCAUAUAUCUGAAGCCAUAGUCUGAAGAGAGCUGCAGUAUGGUGGUCCAAAUAUUUUGACAUUCCUUUUUUCAUCCAUCUUUUUACUUUAGAAAGCACUUUAUUUUAUCGAUAAAUCAAAAUUUGUCUCCCUUUGUUUAAUUUUCAGAGGUCAUCUGAGAGCCUGCAUGCGGAGUGACUGGACCUGUCAAACCCUUCAGUGGAGAGCUGUGGAAACCAGGAGUCUCUGCAGCUCGGUCACUUCGCUGCCUGCCCUUCUGCACCUUGAAAGCGCAUGUAAAAUUACAGCCUUUCCUCCCAGUGAGGACGUCCGCAUUUGGUCACCUAUCUGUGUGUAAGCAGCAGCACAAAUGUUGGAGAAGUUCAUUAUGACUUUCUUAAAUACAGCAGGUUUAUUAAGUAAUAACUACUAUCUAAAAUUGUAGAUGUAGCUCGUGGUGAUGAUAGUUUGCUGGCAUAUACAGUUAAUCUGUUAUGAAGAGUGUCGCCUCUGUGAAAUACUAGGAAUAGCCAUUCUAACAAUCGCAACAUAUGUCAGCCAUAUGCUUUUUGCUUAUUCCUGAUAUUUCUUGCAAUGUAAGCACUUUUUCUUUCCUCAGUUUUGUCACUGUGGAAUUAGAAUAGCACGAGUGGCUGUUUGUCCUACAGACACGCCAACUUUAGGUCACGACUUCCUGUCCUACUCUUUUGAUUUUUGUAAAGUAUAGCAAUCACAUAUUUCAAAGCUGCUAUGGAACUAAUGCUUCCAAAGACUUUGCUUCAGUUUGUGAGUGUCGUUGUAGAGGGAGUUAAAUGCACAAAGCCUUUCUUGCACUGACAGUUGCUUUGUAUGAUAUUUGCGCGAUCACCUUGCAAAGCAAGUUUGAGGCGUAGAAGUACAUUUAUUAGAAUAAAAACAUAUAAAAACAAAUGUAUCCAACUCUGAAUAUUUGAUCCUUUGGUAUUAGUAUUGCCUAUACCUAUGACUUGUUACAGUAUAUGCCAUAUUCAAUUAAAGUUGAUACUAUGCCACACCUC